UGCUUCGUAUCUCUCAAAGAGUUGUAACACCCUGUGUGUUGUGGAGGUGUAUUGUUAUUCCAGAAACUAGGAUGGCGCGUAAAAUACUACUCUAUUAAUUAAUGUUUCAUGAUGUUUAUAUUUCGCUGUUGACGUUUGAGUACCGUGGAGGUUGAUUUAUAAAUACACCAUGUCACUGGUAGCUUACGGUAGCAGUGAUGAGAGUGGUGACGAAGAUGAAAAGGACAAUUCAGUGAAAACAAAAAAUAACUCUGAAUUUGAAAGCAUUGAUCAUCCAUCAGAAAAUAAUACAAUCAGUUCUGUUGAAGUAUCAGAAGAAACUGUCUUUGAGAAGAAGAAAUUGAGUGAGUCAAAUGAAAUAAAUGAUGAGGCACCUGCAUCGGGUUUAUUUUCUUCAUUACCUGCACCCAAGUCAAAAGCGUUAAAAUAUGAAGUGGACAACAAGUUAACUGAGACACCUGAUCAAGAUAUACCAAGGAAACAACCAGUGAAAAUUACUGUUCCGGCAUUGUCUGAAUUUAAAGAUGAUGAAAAUGAGGAACCAGUGACGAAAAAACUGAAACCAUCAUCGAGGGGCUCUGGGCUAUUCUCAAUUCUUCCUGCUCCCAAAAACAUGACCGUGAAAGAAGCAAAUCGUCCAUUAGUACCGAAUGUAUUGAAGAAGAAGACUACAGUGGUACCACGUACUGUCAAAGCACCAGAAACAGUGAAGAAAUUGUCAACAGACCUCUUUAGCUAUGCUGAUUCUGAAGAUGAAUCAGGUGAUGAAGAGACAAACACGCCAAAGGAUUUCUUUGCUUUAACAGAAGAAACAAAUUCUCCAAAAAAUUGUGCACCAGAUAUAUGCUUUCCUGUUGGUGGUACUUCCUCUUUACAGUCUCAGGAAGUUGCUGAACAGUCUGAAAGUACAGAUAUAGGCCACGAAGCCUCAUAUGGUCAACAGAAUGAGCAGCACCUAGCUUUUGAUGCCCAGUAUCAACAGAACUUCUGGUUCCAGUAUGGUACAGUGCCUCCACCACCCCCUCCUCCUCCACCCCCUCCUCCUCCUCCUCCUCCAGCAGACAGCGAGACUCAAGAGGUAACAGACAGCUCAGAUCAAAUUCCUGUUGAUAAUGGAGAUUUGCAACUGGAUGAAGAAGCGCUUCAGAGGCUCUGCGGUCGUCGAGCCAAGAGACAAGGGCAGGCAAUGGAGCUGAUUGAUGUGAGUGGAGAUGCUAUCAUGCCAGAUCCAAAAGAGUGGCUAACAAAACAGCUAACACAAGAGCAACAAACAAAGGUUCAUGGUCAUAGUCAUCGGAGAAAUGAUGGUCCAACAACACAGCAGAGACGGAAACAUCAAAUAACUUACCUAGCAUUCCAGGCUAAAGAAAAUGAAUUGGAAUUAAAAAAUCAGUGGUCUCAGAAUAGAAUGUCAAGGAAGCAGACACAGUCCAAGUAUGGUUUUUAGAACUGAUGUACCUGUUGUCCGACAGCAGGUGAUUCUGAGUCCAGGCUACCAGUAUGUGAUGGCUAUGGGAUGUACACAAACCUUCAUAGAAAACUUUCGUUUCUAAAAAAUAGAAGUGUGUCUGAACAUAUUGUAUGAUUUUAAAAUGCUGGUUGGUUGUCUUUUUUGAUUUUAUGUAAAAUUUGUAUAAAUUUUGUAAUUGAGGUUGAAGUACAAACAAUUUAAGUAAAAUGACAUUUUGUGUACACUAAUUAAA